AUGUACAGUUCUCAGCCACCGCAUGCCACCAGCAAGAUGGGUAUCGACAUCAAGAAGCACCACGUAAAGAAGGGCAACCGUACCUCCCCCGGGAGCGAAGACCCAUACCUGCUCUUGCUGGUAAAGCUCUACCGUUUCCUCGCCAGGCGUACGGACUCUGCGUUUAACAAGACGAUCCUCCACCGUCUUUUCCUCUCCAAAACCAAUCGCCCCCCCAUUUCCCUCUCCCGUAUCGUCAAGGAGACUGAGAGCGCGACCGAUCGCGACUCGAAAGUGAUCGUCAUCGUCGGAACUAUCACCGAUGAUGUUCGUCUGCUCGAGGUCCCCAAGCUCACGAUCGCUGCUCUCCGGUUCACCACUUCGGCGAAGGAGCGCAUCCUGAAGGCAGGUGGUGAGAUCAUCACCCUCGACCAGCUCGCGCUCCGUGCGCCCACCGGGUCGAACACCAUCCUGCUCCGCGGCAAGAGGAACACUCGUGAAGCCGUCAAGCAUUUCGGUAUGGGUCCGCACAAGCACAAGAAGCCCUACACCGCCUCGAAGGGCCGCAAAUUCGAGCGUGCCCGUGGUCGCCGAAAGUCUCGUGGCUUCAAGGUCUGA